AUGGAACUAUCUAAGAACGAUAUAACAUUCAACUUGGAUUUCAAUAUUGAACGUUUAGUUUUACGGACACUAAAAGCUACACCGAAUUUUGUUGGUCAGGUGGAAUAUGAAACGGGUAGACAAAGUACAUUUCAGGAGAUGAGAGAGAAAAGUGUAAUGUGUGCAUUAUGGUUAAAAAAACAAGGUAUUAAACCUGAUGACAUAGUAGCGAUAUGUACGAAUAACCAUUUUGAUGCCUACAUACCGUAUCUAGCGUGUUUAUAUUUAAGUGUAAUUGCAAAUCCGUGGGAUGUUUAUCUCACGAAAACGGAAGUUUUCGGUAAAAUUGAAAGAUUCGAAUCUCUUCAAUCAAUUCUGAAUAAUAAUUCUCAUAAAGCCGAAAUUGAUAAAUUUUACGCUUCUAAGAACUUAAGACAGAAUCACACGGUGAUGAUAUUGUUCACUUCCGGUACGACGGGUUUGCCGAAAGCUGUGAACAUUUCUGACACAAUUUUUACAGAUUGGGCAAACGGUCGGUCCAUCCUAUUUCAUAAUAGCAUCUGUCUGUGGUUCGUAUCUUUGGGUUGCAUUAUCGGCGCUGUUAUGACUGUUCGUAGUGUGCUCUCUCGUGUCAAAGUAAUAAAACCAACACAAUCUUUCUAUCCAGAAGAUAUGUGUGACAUGAUACAAAAGCAUAAGGUUUCUUGGAUAUUUCUUGAGACUAAUAUGUUGUAUGAUUUACAAUCUUCUUUAAGAUGUGAUCUCUUAACACGAUAUGAUAUAUCUUCCUUGAAAUAUGUCAUUUUUGGUGGUUUUAGACAAUCUGGUCCUAUUCACAGGAGAUUUUAUACGACUGAAACUGGUAUUGUCACACAUCAAAGGAGACUUGAAAAGUAUGGCUCUAGUGGUCAGUCAGCUAUAAAUGUUCACUUAAAGAUCAUUGAUACAUACGGCAAUAUGUGCGAUCCAAUGGACAUUGGUAGUAUUCUUUACCAUACUUCGGGAUUAUUUAACAGCUAUUAUAAAAAUAACACAGCUACACAGAUUGCUGUAAACAAGCAAGGAUGGUUCUGUACUGGAGAUGUCGGUUUUUUCGAUAAUGAUGGUGAUAUCUUUGUUCUCGAUCGCAAAGUGAAUGUUUAUAAUGGUGUGGUGUGUCGUACAAUACCAGUCGAAAUUGAAAACGCGUUAUGCUUGCAUCCGAAU